AACAUCAUCCUAUUAAAUUAUUGAUGAUUAUAAUUAAAUGUUUGCGUUGUAGGUUUGGGCCACCUAGAAAUAUCUGGACCAUGAGAUUUGAGGCUAAACACAGUUUCCUGAAAAGUUCAAUUACCAAGAACUUUAAAAAUGUCCCCAAAUCACUUGCAUUUUCCCAUCAAAGGAACAUGUGCUGGAACCUUCUGAGUUCUCCCAAGCAGCCCUUGACUAAUUACCUGUAUAGUGGUGAUGUUGUUGGAUUAGGCGAUCACAAUGUUGAUUUGCACAGCCAUCCAUAUUUUGGCAUGAUAGCUCAAGCUGCUAGUGUUGAUCAACUGGCACAGCCAUGUAAAGGAAGCAGGUAAUAUUUAUCAGUUUAAUAUUGCCAAGUUGUUUUUUAAUGUAAUUAUGAAUAAAAAAUUAUAUCAUUUAUAUGACAUAAUAAAGGACUAACUACUACAAUAUUCAAUCUAGCUACUAUUUAUCAACUGAACUAUCUCUUAAUAUCACUGUGAUUUAUCAGGCAAAAACUGAAUUUGGGAUGAGAUGAAUCAUACUAUCUUAUGUUUAUCAAAUGAACUAUUGCAUUGUAAUCUAAU